AUGGCUUCUAAAUACCGCAAUUUCCGAAACAGCGUGCCCUGGCUGCUCCUUUUUUUGGAGGCUGUUUUUAUCAUCCUCUUCUACUUUUUCUUCUCAGGUGUUGGUGUAAUCACAUCAGACUUCCACGCCGCCUUUCAGGAUGUCAGCCACAUGGUGAUUUUUGGAUUCGGCUUUUUCCUGUCAUUCCUGAAGAGAUACGGACUUAGCAGCAUUGGAUUCAAUCUCCUGAUCGUUGUACUUGGUGUCCAGUGGUCUGUGCUGAUAGAGGGUUUUCUUUUCUUGAGCCACGGUGCAAAGGAAGAUUAUCUUAGAAGCAUAAUGAAAGCUGCUGUGAGCGUGACUGCUGUAGUCAUCUCCUUUGCAGCUAUUCUCGGGAAGGCUAAUCCUGUCCAAUUGGUUGUGAUGACAMUCGUGGAGAUAGCAGCUUUCCAUGUGAGCAGAUGGAUCAACAACAUGUAUCUGCAGAUUGCAGACAGUGCCACUAUGAUGCACGUCCACCUGUUCGGUGCCUACUUUGGCCUGGCGGCUUCCUGCUCCUUCCCCGCGCUUCAGCCGAGCUCUGAGAAGAACGYGGACACGCCGACAUCGAGCUUGCUGUCCAUGCUGGGCACUCUCUUCCUAUGGGUAUUCUGGCCAAGCUUUAAUUCUGCAUUAGCUGUGGAGAAGAAGAAUGAUAUCAUCUACAGCACCUACUUUGCACUUGCAGUAAGUGCCGUAACUGCCUUCGCAUUGUCUGUUCUGACCACGAAAGAUGGAAAACUCAGCAUGGCGCAUAUCCACCGUGCAACACUAGCUGGCGGGGUUGCUGUUGGCUGUGCAGCAGACAGCAUUCAGUAUCCCUGGAUUGCCAUGAUUUUGGGUCUGCUUGCUACUGUGAUUGCCAUAUUGGGAUCUCACUUUUUACAGAGAAGUCUGCCUCCUGCUAUCAAGAUUCAUGAUGUUUCUGGAGUUCAUUUCACUUUUGGCUUGCCUGCUGUGCUUGGAGCUCUUGCCCAUCUCAUCCUUUAUAUAAUAGACAACUGGAUUAAUUUGCCAAGUGAAGGAUAUUUAAUCAUGAUGCACCUUGCUGCCUUCUGCCUGACCAUCAGUGUGGCUUUGGUUUCAGGUUUUAUUACAGGUCUCAUUUUAAAUCUCAAUUUGUUGAAGACUGUCCAUGAAUCGAAGUACUGUGAUGACCAGGUGUACUGGGAGUUUCCCCGUUUGGCUGUUGGAUUUUGAAUGGAGGAACCUGAAUUAAAGAUUAGGCCAAGAUAAGAUUUUCCUAUAUUCCAUUAUAGAAAAGCUAUGAUGGCGGUGGUGAAAAAUCAUUUCUCAGCUUCAAAGGCAACAUUUGAAUGGACAGACAAAAAAUUAACUGUUUUAAGUACUAUUAAAAGAAACAAUAUUCCUGGUGACUUUAAUGGAGCUAUGACAUAGCUCCGUAAUUCACAUAUUUAACUGGAUUGGUACUAAUUUUGUACAACAGACUCUUUCUAMUUAUAAAACUUAUAUACUAUACAUUAAGGAAAAAAAAGAUAUGGCAAUAGAACAUGCUUCUUUUUUGACACUGGGAAAACGGCCACUUUGAAAGUAAAUUUAUCUGAAGAAGUAUUAUUUUAGCACAGCUAGUUGAUGGGUUUACAGGUCUGACUUUUGAUUUAAAUGAGACAGUAAAUGUCUGCUUGUCUAGAACUCAUCGUAGGAAAAGCCUGGCUCUUCGGUGUACUAGUUACGGCCUCUUUUUGCAGAGGAUUCUGUGCAAUUGAACCGUUGUUUUAACGUGGAACUCCUUGUGGUCCCCACUGCUUCUUCUUUUCAAAAUAGUUGACACAGAAAAACACUGUCGAAGUGCUUACAUAAUAAAAAAAGA